UCUCUUCAUAUACAGAUCUUAUAUCUCCCUCCUCAGCACAGAUCUAAUUGAGAUGGUGUCUUCAGCACAAGAAACUCCGCCAAACACUCUGUCAAAAUGUUUUCUGUGAGAAAACCUUUAAAAGCAGCAUCUUUGUUGGUAACGUAUUUUUAACCUCAUCUCUCUCUUACUGUUUGCUGUUUACCUUUUAACUCAAGCAUAGAUGUCAUCACCCACUCAGUAGAGGGUUUUUUAUGUGGUAGUGGAGUUUGGCCAUGAGUGUGAGAGUGGAUGGCUGUUUGACUCUAUGUGAUGAACUGACGACCUGUGUAGGAUAAAGUGGUAGAAGAUGGAUGGAUGAUGGAUGGAUGGAUGGAUGGAUGGAUGGACGGACACCAGUGUGAUUGGCAGCUGUAUCCUCCAAUAAGAGCCUGGUGGCAGUUGACGUCUGUGGAUUAAACACUUCACAAUGGGAGUUGAUUUGGCAACAGUAGCUAUAACAAGCUAAAGAGCUUAUUUUGGUCUCGUCAUCCUCGGGGUAUCCUCUUCUUCCUUUUUCCUUGAACACCUCGCCUCUUGUCGUCAGUCAUGUCAACAUUUCUGAUCAAGAGAUGGGGAAAAAAACUUGCACUGUUCUCCACAGCUCUAUGAUCAGUGUCUGCAGAGGAAGUUCAGCUUGUAUUCCAUCAUAUUACCAGGCGGGAACUGAGUGCUGUCCGAAGUGUUCACCUGGAGAGUAUGUAAGAGCAGACUGUUCGGAUGAAUCCAGCACUAAGUGUAAUCCCUGUGAAGACGGAACCUUCAACGAUGUUUUCAGUGGACUCAAACGUUGCUUGAACUGCACAAGCUGUGCUCCAGCUUCUGGCCUGAAGACAGUCAGUCCAUGCACAAGAAUACGGGAUGCACUCUGUGAACCUCUGGAAGGAUUCUAUUGUGUAAAAUCCAAAGGCUUAAACUGUGAAGCAGCAGAGAAACACCGCCAGUGUAAACCAGGACAGUACAUCAGAGAUAAUGGAACAGCGUUGACAGACACAGUUUGCGCUGACUGCAGUGCCGGGACAUUUUCAGAUGGGACGUUCACCACUUGUCGGCCGCACACGCAUCUACAAACACCUGUGGCUGGAGUCACCGUGGACGCUGGAGUCACCGUGGACGCUGGAGUCACCGUGGGCGCUGGAGUCACCGUUGAUGCCAAAGUUGCAGUAAUAUUUGUGGUUGCUGUCUUGCAGCAGGUUUUAAACUGACGGACAAAACAUUUUUCACAAAGACUUUUGUGAAAAAGCCACAGUGAUAAUACUUUGCACACAGUCAAGGUGGCAUUUCAGGGCAGCUGAUGUUUUUUAUUUAUCAUCUCCUCAAAAAAAAGUACGAACGAAACACUUUCUCACAGAACCAAUCUGAUGGCAUAAACAUAAAAGAAUAUAGACAAAUACAGUGCUUAACAAAUGUAUUAGGCCACCACCCAAAAGCCACAGCUGCCCUAAAUUAGCAGCACUGGUAAUUAUCAAAAUAACCUUUUAUGUUUCAGUUUCCUCCUUAACCGGAUUUAUACUUUUAAUGUUAAAACGUAAUCAUUGUUACCCAUGGACUUUAAAAUGUACUGUUUCACAAAUAACAACCCAGAAGAAAUAGUA